GCCCAUCGAUAACACGGAAUGCGGCUAAUCCUGCGUCACCCCUGCCAAACUGUAUUAAGACAACAUCGAACGACUCCAAUCGACUCCAAUCGACUCCAAUCGUGACUUCUUGUUUGAAGAACCUUGAAGUGACAUCCACUAUUAUGUACAUAGUGUACAUAUAUCUUACUUUUUAACUUUCUGACCUAUUAAAACCUAUCAAGAACUCUCUCGUAUACAUAUACUCAAUCAUCAACCAUGCUGCUUAUAGGCUUGACAGGUUCCAUAGCCACAGGAAAGUCUACCGUCUCUUCCCUGCUUGCCGCACCCCCCCACUCUCUACCAAUUAUCGAUGCCGAUAUCCUUGCUCGCAAAGUCGUCGAGCCAGGAACCAGUGGUUACAAUGCCAUCUUGAAGUACUUCGGCCCUACCACGCCAAACUUGCUUGUGCCAGCCAGUGACUCAAUGCCAGUCGAUGGCCCAGACGGUAAAGGCCGACCACUGAACAGACCAGCCUUAGGCAAACGUGUGUUCGGCAACAACGAAGAACGCAAGAAAGACCGAAAUGUCCUCAAUGGCAUUGUGCACCCUCGCGUGAGAAAGGGGGUCUACAAGACGAUCAUGCAGAACUAUCUAAAGGGACAUUGGGCCGUCGUCCUGGAUGUCCCACUACUCUUCGAAAGUGGUUGGGAUAGGCUCUCCGGCGUGGUGAUGGUCGUAGCUGUCAAAGACCCCGAAGUGCAAAUGCAAAGACUUAUGAAGCGCGAUUCUCACUUGAGCCGAGAGGAUGCGCAGAAUCGCGUCCUGAGCCAGACGGACGUGAGGUUGAAGGCGAAGAGAUGUGAGGCAAGGGGCAAGGGGAAGGGAGUGGUCGUGUGGAACGAUGGUUCCAAGGAAGAGCUGGAAGCCAAAAUCGAGGCUGCGCUCGCAGAUAUUAGGAAAGGUAGCCCUCCGUGGUGGAACUGGGUAUGUCUUCUAUUUCCCCCGGUAGGCGUUGCGGCGGGAGCUUGGGUAUACUGGCAGAAUAUCAACAUCAACAAAAGAUGGAACGAGAUGGAAAGAGAUGAAAAGUCAAAGCUGUAGUUGAAAAUACAAGGUAUUUUCCAAAUGAAAUAGUAGUUAGUACUUAAUAACAUGAGAAUAGGCAUGAGGGACUACUACUACAUACAUAGGCACCAGACUACUAGGGACUACUAGGUAUACUCGAGCUGUUACUACUAGGUACAUAGUACACAGUAAAUUCUGUAUAACUCACCCUCGUGGUUGCCGUGGAUAUGUAUUAUAUUGCGCAUAUUGAGCAUAUUGAGCAUAUUGCACAUUUUGCACUGUAGCAAUAGGGAAGGAGUCACAGGCUAUGGGUCACUGGGAGUCUGUUUUGGUCACAUUCGAACCUUAGAUGCCUUAGGUUCCUAUGGUUCCUCAGGCUCCUUGUAUUCCUUUUCAUUUUCUUCUAUUUUAAUUCUAAUUUGCAAUGUACCUUACUUACUCUUUUCAAUCCCAAUACCUAACAUCAACAAGGCUCUCCUACUAAGU